GGGCGUCUGCCGUCCGGCCCAGUGCGCAGGCGCGCCAAACUUAAAACUCCGGAAAGUUCAUCCAAGUUUAGUGGAGGAGACGUCGGCGGUGGCGGCGAGGCCCGGGAUUAGGUGCCUCCAUGGCACGCUCGGAAGAGCUGGGGCUCCGAGAGGACACACUGAGAGUCCUGGCUGCCUUCCUUAGGCGGGGUGAGGCUGCAGGGAGCUCGGUGCCCACCCUAGCCAGGACCUCGACCCAGGAGCAGCCAACAGACUUCCUGAGCCGCCUUCGAAGAUGUCUUCUGUGUCCCCUGAGCCGAGGGCCAGUACCCCCUGAGUCCCCUCGGCCUAGCUCCCUGCCCCUCCGGCCCUGCUAUGGUUCAGAGGAGCCGAGCCCAGAUACGCCGGAUUUCUAUGCUCUGGUGGCACAGCGGCUCGAACAACUGGUCCAAGAACAACUAAAAUCCCCACCAAGCCCAGAAUUGCAAGGUCCCCCACCUACAGAGAAGGAAGCGCUGCUUCGGAGGCUGGUGGCUCUGCUGGAGGAAGAGGCUGAAGUUAUCAACCAAAAGCUGGCCUCGGACCCAGCCCUGCGCCGCAAGCUGGCCCGCCUCUCCGCCGGCUCCUUUGCCCGCCUGGUGGAACUGUUCUCCAGCCGGGAGGGCAGCCCUCGCCCCAGCCAUGCGCGUCGUCCUUCCAUGCCACAGUGCCCGGCGCCACCACCGCCUUCCCCGGAGCCUUUGGCCCGCCUGGCGCUGGCCAUGGAGCUGAGCCGGCGCGUGGCCUGGCUGGGGGGCACCCUUGCGGGGCUCAGCGUGGAGCACGUGCACAGCUUCACCCCCUGGAUCCAGGCGCACGGGGGCUGGGAGGGGAUCCUGGCCGUCUCCCCUGUGGACUUGAACCUACCCCUGGACUGAGCUUCCGCAGUAGCUGCAGCAAAGUUGGACCUCAUGUUCCUGCCUCAGGUGCUCUGUUGGGACUCUGGGGUCCUCUCAGGGCUGGGGAGCAGCACCACCCUCCCCGUUUUAGCCAAAAAGCAACAAUCGCUGGGGGCGGGGGGUUCUUAUUAAACACUUUUAUA